UAUCCUGAAGGCCACAAGUGAAGCCUGGCUCCUCGGGGCCCGAUCUUUCCAGAAGGCCCGCACCUGCCCUUCAUUAGAGCCCCAGUGCCUUGCUCUGUACUGGGCACACAUACCCAGUUCAGAGAGGAAGGAAGGCAUCUGUGAGUAUAUUGGGUACAAGAAGCUGUGAGAACCCUGGAUAUGCAGCAGCUGUGUCUCACUCUGGAGGGAUACCCAUCUGAAGGUCAAGAGAAGGCCUCAGGGCCGCCACCCAACAACACUCCCCAGGGCCAGCUGCCAGACUGAGAUUCAGGUGGUGGCCCAUGUCGAGGAGGGGUCUGAGCCUCUUUGGAAGAGAAAAUGGGUGGGAGAUGCUUUGGCGAUGGUUCCAGAGUGCAACCAGACACUGAAGAGCUGGAAAACUGAGGAGAGAGGCUCCUGUGCGCCCCAAUCCCAGACGUCCCUCGGGAUCCCGUCCUCCAGCUUGGUGAUCCCAGGAGGACCCUGGCUCCUGGGUGGAUGCAGGGGCACUGGGAUUGGAUUUCUGGGGUGAUGAAUAUUCAUCAGCCUGAGCCAGCCUCUGCUUCUGUUUACUUAGCUGGGAGGGGCCGGGUUUCAGGUUCACCUUGACUCCUGGAGCUGCAGCUCACGCAGCAGGCAGGUACCUGCUUCUGCACCUGUCUCUUACACCUGCCCUGCAGCUGCUCCUACCCACCUCUCCAGGCUGAGUCUGGCCAGCGCGACACCCUGGAGACACCCUCUCCUCCUCCAGUCUCACCUGCCUGGGCAGCUCCUACUGUCAACUCCUCUAGGGAAAGUCGCGCCUCCAGCCCAGAGCAGUCCGGAUUACAGAAAGCUCUGCCUGGGUUUAGGGACCGCCAUGACUGAAGUUGGUUGGUGGAAGCUGACCUUCCUCCGGAAAAAAAAAUCCACUCCCAAAGUGCUCUACGAAAUCCCGGACACCUACGCCCAAACAGAGGGAGGUGCAGAGCCCCCAGGACCUGACGCAGGAGACCCUCACAGCGACUUUAACAGCCGUCUGGAAAAGAUUGUGGAUAAGAACACUAAAGGCAAGCAUGUCAAGGUCUCCAACUCAGGCCGCUUCAAAGAGAAGAAAAAAGUUCGGGCCAUGUUGGCAGAGAACCCCAACCUCUUUGAUGACAGAGAGAACAAAGGACAAUGAAAGCGGCCGAAGAGAACCAUAGCGCUGCCCUGCUCCCUGCCACUGGUGGGGUCCGAGGCAGGAGCUUGCCACGCUGGCCUCUUUGGUCACAGCCACUUGGCGGUUGAUCCCUGCUGGCAGGAACACCCGGUUCUUAGGUUUGUAUUUAUGUGCCCCAGCUUUACGAAGAGCCUCCUCCUCCUAUGAUCACAUACUCUGGUCCAGCGUGAAAACUGUGACCUAGAAGUGCUGCUGUCCUUGACACAGUGGCUUGCCUCACAGGGAGGUGGCACAGCAGAGAAUAGACAGAGAGCAGGACGGACUCCACCCUCUCCCCAGGCAACAGGGAGAAGGGUGAAUUUGAUUCGCUGCAUCCUCUACUUUCUCUACCGUGUGACUGUUGCCUGGGCCAAUCCAGGGAGAGCAAUGUUUCCGGAAGUCACGUGACCGUGGUUUCCUUGGUGCCAGAGGCGGAGUUCUUAAGCUUGAGAUCGCCUCUUAAUUCAAGGAGUAAACUUCCUGGAACUUUGCUCCCAGGAGUGGAGGGGCAAGGGACACGCGUACUCCCCGGGGUGCUACUGAAGGCUAGCCCAGAAAUACUCCUGACCUUGACCACCACUUGUGUGGGUGCUGAAUUACAUAACCCCAAAGAGAGGCCUCCCUGACCGGCCCAAGGGUCCAAACUGGAGGAGUGGAUGCGGGUUUCUCCCGACUCCUUCCCUGAUAGUAUUUAAGACAGAUGAGCACCAGGAGUGAAUCCUGGAGCCUUGGAUUUUGUUGGAAAAGUAGGUUUUACUUAGGAAUAAACAAGGCUGCAGAAA